GGACAUGGAUGAUGGAUCCCAAUUAGACCCAUACCUUGAGUCAUGACCAGAUGACCAUGGGAUGCAAUUCUUUCCACAAACUUUUACGAAGUAUCAAGUAGUAGUAACUUUCUAUGUUUUCUCACCUGAGGAAAUGGAAGCCCAUAGCAUAACUUCGCCUCAACUCCCAGAAACUCCGAGUUUUGUCAGGCGAAAUCUCCUAGUUUCCCACUCACCAAAGUUCUUAACUUUACCAUCAUUGACAUCUCCAGCACCAACUAUUCGCUUAAAUUCUAAUAAAGAUGGUAAUAAUCUUGAUGUUCCUUCAAAACAGAUGUUUAUUCUGGGAACUGGUUAUGUGGGUCAAUUCUUUGCGCAACAACUGAAGACUGAAGGAUGGGAUGUUGCAGGCACUUGCAUGAGCAUUACAAAGAAAAAGGUCCUUGAGCAAAAGGGUUUUGAUGUCCAUGUUUUUGAUGCAAUGAAACCAGAAUGGACGAUCCUUGAUAGAUUAAGAUGCUGUACUCACCUUUUAGUCUCCAUUCCCCCUACUGAGGGCAUUGGUGAUCCAAUUCUUCAACAUAAAGAAACUAUUAAAGCUAGUUUGAUGGAUGGAAAUCUCCGUUGGCUUUGCUAUUUGUCAACUACAAGUAUAUAUGGAGAUGCUAGAGGUGCAUGGGUUGAUGAGAAUUAUAUCCCAAAGCCUUCAAGCACCUUAGCUAAUCUGAGAUUAAAAUCAGAGGAGGGUUGGUUAAAUCUGGGACAAGAUCUCGGCCUCUCAAACUAUGUGUUUCGGCUUGGUGGCAUAUAUGGCCCUGGCAGAAGUGCUAUUGAUACCAUUCUGAAGAACAAAGAAAUCUCAGAACGUCAGAAGAGGAGAGCAACUAGAACUUUUACAUCCCGGAUUCAUGUUGCUGACAUUUGUCAAGCUCUCAGCGCAAGCAUUUCAAAGCCUGCCCAGAGGAAGAUAUAUAAUGUAGUUGAUGAUGAUCCUGCCCCAAGAGCCGAAGUCUUUGCCUUUGCACAACGACUAAUAGAGAGGAGAUGGCCUGGUCUGAUCGAUCCAAUUGAUACCUCAAUCAACAGCGAAUUUCCUCACAGAGCAGAAAAGCGAGUGAGCAAUGCUCUUGUCAAGAGGGAAUUGGAUAUGAAAUUAUUAUACCCAAGUUAUAGAUCAGGUCUCCAAAGUAUCAUCAAUAGUAUGGAAGUUCCAAUUUGACAAUAUGAUUCUGAGAACAAAAUUUAGCAUCAAACCUUGUCAAUCUGUCUCGUGCACCUACGGGCUAAGAUGGUACUCCUGCCAGCAUGCGUGAGAUACACGAGCUGUGAGGCAGAAGGUGCACUAGGACGACACCAUUUUAUAACUGAGUGCAUCCUAUCAUAACAAAGCGAUGCGGGAAAGAGUUCUAUUUUUCGCAGCACAGCUCCAGCUUAUGACUCCUCAUGGAGUACAAAUGGAAUAGUAAAUGGUUUGCGGGGAGAAACAACAUGAACUAAUUAAUAGAUCACACCUCAUUGUAACUUUGGCAUUGAAGCCAGCGGCAUUUUUAAAAUUGUGUACAUACCAGGUGGUACCUUUUUUUUUUUUUUUUGGUUUUUGAUAAGAUACCAUGUGGUACCUUUGUUCCUUUUGGUUGGAUGCUCUGUAGACCAAUUAUCAUCCAACUAAGUUACAACAAAUGGUUUUCAGAUUUGAAGUAGCGAUUCGGUUCA